CACAGAAGAAGACGUUCUCUCAGGAGAAACUGCCGAAGAAGAAUAGUGGCGCUAGCAAUGGCGCUACACAAAUAAACAAUCUGGGUCGUGAUUAAAUUUGAGCAAUGUCACGAGUACUUUAGUGUCAAAUUUGGCCCUCUAAAGUUUACGUGUUGCAGGAAUAAGACACAUUUUCUGGUGACAUUUUUUGGAGUCACAUUUUUCGGAAACUGACGCGAAACGGUGAGCAGGAGCAGUUUCAUCUCAUUGUUGAGUUGCGUUCGUUUCGUCGUACGCUGGCGUCGUUUUGUGAGCGCUGAGGAUGCCGCUGGGUUUAAAACCAUGCUGCGCCAUCUGCAAGACCAACUCUUCCUCCAUGUGGAAGAAAGGAAACCAGGGGGAAAUCCUCUGCAACAACUGCACCGGGAAGAGCAGCAGCGGCGCGGCGUCAGGACCCUGUAUGUCCUCCAACACUCAGCCCAGCAAUGGCGGGGGGAAGCAGUCAAAGCAGGAGAUCCACAGGAGGUCUGCACGACUGAGAAGCACCAAGUACAAAGCUCCUGCAUCUGAGAAGAAAGUGUCUACAAAAGGAAAAGGCAGGAGACACAUAUUCAAACUCAAAAACCCAAUCAAAGCACCUGAAUCUGUAGCAACAAUCAUCACAUCAGAAUCUGUAUUUUAUAAGGGUGUUUACUACCAAACAGGAGAUGUGAUCAAGGUAACAGAUGAGGAAGACGGGAAGCCGUACUAUGCACAGAUCCGAGGCUUCGUGCAGGACCAGUACUGUGAAAAGAGUGCAGCGCUGACUUGGCUCAUCCCCACUCAGGCGAGCCCAAAGGACCAGUUUGAUCCGGGGACGUACAUCGUUGGUCCAGAGGAGGAUCUGCCCAGAAAGAUGGAGUACCUGGAGUUUGUGUGCCACGCCCCCUCUGAAUACUUCAAAUCACGAAGCUCUCCGUUCCCCACCAUCCCCAUACGGCCGGAAAAAGGCUACAUCUGGGCUCAUAUAGGACCCACUCCGGCCCUCACUGUCAAAGAGUCUGUCAGCGGCAGCAGCUAACAGGACUGUGAUAUGGACUGAGUCUGUUGCUUUUCUAAACAGCUAAAUGUACAUUUAUGUAAGAUAAUGAAAACAACAGUGGUCGUCAGCCACAGCCAUCGCUCCGGUGUAAAGACGAGUCGUAGUUUGAUACAAAAGAAAACAGGUGUGACAAGUUGUUUACACAGCUGUGACACUGAAAUAUUACUUUUGUAUUUGGUAUUAAACAAAAAGCUCUUUUUUCACUUCAAA